GUCUGUCGGACAAUGCCGCCGACCUGGAGAAGAGGAAGCAGAUCUAUGGGCAGAACUUCAUCCCCCCCAAAAAGCCCAAAACUUUUCUCCAGCUGGUGUGGGAAGCCCUCCAGGAUGUCACCCUCAUCAUCCUGGAGAUCGCGGCCAUCAUCUCCCUGGGGCUCUCCUUCUACGCGCCACCUGGAGAGCAGAACGAAGCCUGUGGGAAUGUCUCAGCUGGGGCUGAGGAUGAGGGCGAGGCAGAGGCCGGCUGGAUUGAAGGAGCAGCUAUCUUGCUGUCGGUCAUCUGUGUGGUACUGGUCACGGCCUUCAAUGACUGGAGCAAGGAGAAGCAGUUCCGUGGCCUGCAGAGUCGAAUUGAGCAAGAGCAGAAGUUCCAAGUCAUCCGGAACGGGCAGGUGGUCCAGAUCCCUGUGGCCGAACUCGUGGUGGGAGACAUCGCCCAGAUCAAAUAUGGUGACUUACUGCCUGCUGACGGAGUGCUCAUCCAGGGCAAUGACCUCAAAAUCGACGAGAGCUCCCUAACCGGAGAGUCAGACCACGUUCGCAAAUCAGUGAGCAAAGACCCCAUGCUGCUCUCUGGUACCCAUGUGAUGGAAGGCUCAGGAAGGAUGGUGGUCACUGCUGUUGGAGUGAACUCUCAGACCGGCAUUAUCUUUACGUUGCUUGGCGCCAGUGGAGAGGAGGAAGAGAAGAAAGAGAAGAAAA